AUGCAGCCGGGCGAGGACACGUGCCCGUGUCUCUGCAUGGCAAACAGGGCCCCGGGGCACGGCUACGGGGAUGUCUCCGCCGGCGAGCUGUGCCUGGCAGGGCAGUGCCCCGCCGUGCUCCGGAGCCGGAGCGGCUGCGGGAUGCGGGGGGAAAAGGGACGCGAGAGCCCAUCCCGGUCCCGCCUGGCUCCCGGGCACGCGGGACACCUCCGGGGACACGCAGCGGGGCGGGAAGGGCAGGGCGGGGGUGGCACCGAGAGAGCGGGGGACGCGGGGGACACGGGGGAUGCAGAGGGUGAGGGGGAUGAGGGAGAUGCGGGGGACGCGGGGGACACGGGGGAUGCGGGGGACACGGGGGAUGCAGAGGCGGAUGAGGGGGAUGCAGAGGAUGCGGGGGAUGCGGGAGAUGCGGGGGAUGCUGAGGAUGAGGGGAAUGAGAAGGAUGCGGAGGAUGAGGGGGAUGCAGGGAUGCGGGCGCUGCGCGGCGCGUCCUGCAGAGGGGGAUCGGGCACCGGCCAGCAGGUGCGGCACCGCGGAGAGCCGGGAACGCGCCCGGGCUCCUGCCCUUCUCGCUGGGGUUAG